GGCGCCCGGGCUGCGGCGGGCGAGCGGUUAGAACGGGGAGCCGUGCUCGCCCGGGCCUGCGGGCUAUGACGAUCACCUACAGCUGCGUGGCUCAUGGCCGAGCGGUCCUGGCGGAGCUGGCCUUGACCGGCGGCUCCUAUCAGGAAGCAGCGGCAAAGGUACUCAGGCAAGUGCUUCUGAAAGCCGAGCCAGCGACCAUAAUUCAAAUAGGAAGCUACGUCUACCAUACUCUCUUUAUUGACGGAAUCACUUAUUUAUGUGCUACAGACAAUGGCUUGGAUUCUAUGGCACCAUCUGCAUUUCUUAAAAAAGUUAGUGAUAUUUUUACAAGAAAUCCUUUGAUGUCACAAGAACAUUUUUUCCCUUCAAAUGCACUUGCUACAGAUUUUCAACGAAUACUAGCACAGCACAUGAUGGAAUACAAUAAAAGUCAAAGAGACAACAACACAGUGUUCACAGUGAAAAGUCAAGUGACUGAUGUAAAGAACAUUAUGUUGAGAAACAUCGAUACAGUUUUAGAAAGAGAAAUAGAAACAGCGAGCAUCAUCACGGAAGGAGCAGAGGACCCCCAGGCAACAGUAGGUAAUUUGCAUGCUGAAGAAUUUGAAAAAACAAGGAAGAUUCCCAAGAGGAUAUGUUGGAAAUGCUUCAAGAUUGUAAUUACCACCCUUACAAUUCUCCUUUCAAUCAUUAUCAUUCUUUUAAGAACACACAUAAUACCCACCUGACCCUUCCUCCCCACAAAGUACCAAUAAAUUGUUACAUGGAAUUAGA